AUGAUCUCCAUCGCAACACAGGUUCUAGGAGAAGCCCUCGUCUGCGACGGGGAAGAGUACGUCUCCACCUGGACACCAACGAGCAACAGAUGCCAUCCAGUGGGUUCAUCGACGCCAAAUACGUGGCGGCCGUGA